GCCUAGCUCUAACCUAGCUGACUCUCCCCGUGAUAGCACAAAAACAAGCUUGUCUGGUUCACGGCUUCGAUUAGGUCGAAACAUAAAUCCGCGGUAGCAGCACGGCAGCCAUCGUAGUCCACUAUUGAAUUACCAGUGCGCCAGCUAGGGUCUUGUUCCCCUCGCCAUUUCUGUACACUUAAUUGGUGUAUAAUUGGUGUAUGCAACUUAUUCCGGCUAGUUGUUUUCAUUCCCAGACAUCAUGUGUGUGACUACUCGUGGGGUUGCGACAGAUACGGCGGCGAUCCCACGGCUUGGCCCGAUCUGAGGCCCUUGGCAGUGCGUCUUGGCAGACUCAACACCGAGGGUUGAGCCACACGAUACCUUGAGGCGAAGGCUGGAAUACCUAUUUUUGGCCAUGUCGUUUCGAGGUAGAGAUGGCGGAAAACUAGUUGGCAUGAGAUCUGGGAAACAUGAUAAGAAUCCGGACUCCUCCCCCCAUUUUUAUGGUUUCUCCUCCUUUCUCUCGAUAGCUAGUUCUCGUCCCAACUUAUUUCAGUCUUUUCUACGAAGUGCACAGGUGCGCUAUAUUAUUAUAAUAUACAUCAUAAUAUUUACGUUCUUGAGCCAGUCGUCUACCUCCCUGAUAUCCAUCUCCCCCGUCUACCUCCUCCCGAUUCGCAUAUUUACUUCUAUUUUUACUUCUGUUAUAACCGGAUCACACCACUCUAACAGACAAAGACAAAGACAAAAACGCAACAUGAAGUCCACAUUUACCAUCAUCUUCGCCGCGCUCGUCGGCCUCGCUGUUAGCGCCCCCUUAAAUAUCAACCUAGGAGCCUAUUCGCCUGCGCUGGUGGUCGGUGAUGGUGCUAUCGGGUUCACCGGGGCAGAAGGCGAAGCGGCUGAAUAGGCACAUCAGAUACUGGACUGAAUGGCAGCUAUCUCUAUGUGUUUAAUACCCCUUUCUGUAGAGAGGCAUCGACAUGGGAUACUAGGUCACCUACAUAUAAUACUAUAUAAGCUAGGAGAGACCAUAUAUCAUGGAAAUCCUCCCCCGAGAGAGUAUACCUGUCAGGAGUUUUCGUUUUGGAGUAAAAUACCCGUUCAAGUGUCGUUGGAAGGCAGACCAGUUCAUUAGUAGUGGGUAGGAAUACCAAUCCCUGUUUUACGAGCGUGUAAACAUUCAAAAGGCAGGGGAAGAUAACCUCGGGGGCUGAAAGCGGGAAAGAUGAGGAGUUUAUUACGUAGGUAGUUACAAGAUAUAACUCCAAAGGAAGCUGAGCAGAGAUCACCGAGUAAGGGCGUUUCGAUACUUGAACAUCGUCCCAGUCUGUUCCUCACUACACAGUACUUAUAUGGUAAAAAUAUAAUAUAAUUGAUUCAGGCUAUA